AUGUACUCACUAGUGAAGUCAAUUUCUGUGAUUGAUAGAGGGAUAUCAAACCAUUAUGCUGUUACAUGCCAACUCCAUGCCUGUCCAUUACACCUGACAAACAAAACUCGGCUAGCUAGGCAAUUGAAGCUCUUCCCAUUGGAAAUAUUGGUACAGCAGCUAGGAGAAUCGCUGUCUUCCAUCCAAGAAGGGAGCAAUGUCAACGAUCUGCUGUCAGAUUUCGAUUCCAAAGCAAAAGAGGUUCUGGACAACAUAGCACCCCUUCGAACCAUCUCCAUCAAAGGUGACUCCCUCAAACCGUGGUACAAUGACACAACCCAUGAAGCCAGGCAACGGAGAAGACAGUUGGAGCGCAAUGCCAUGAGCUCCGGCCUGGAAGUGCAUACACAGAUGCUUGCGGAGCAGACCCGAGCUGUGGUGCAUAUGAUCAGCUCCUCCAAGCCCAGCUAUUAUCAAGAAAAGCUCACCACAGCGGACAGUAAAGAGACUUUCAGAGUUAUUAGCAGUCUGGUGAAUUAUAAUGCAGGGACUCCCUUACCACCGGCUACCGGUGACCAGACCCGUGCCGACGAUUUUGUGCAAUUCUUUUACAGCAAAGUUCAAAAGAUCAAACAGGGUAUCGAUGUCUCAGAUCUCCAUGACAAUACAGCUUCUCCAAACCUGGACAGACCAGUGCAUGAUCUUGGUUCCUUCAAGAUCCAGACGCAGAAAGUAGUGGACAAGGUCAUCAGGAGCUGUGCUAAUAAGACCUGCUCACUGGAUGCCAUCCCCACCGCGCUCUUGAAGAAUAGCACUGUUCUCUCUAUGAUGCUACUGACCAUAACUGAGCUGGAGAAUAUAUCACUUUCAACCGGGGUCUUUCCAAAUGAGCUGAAACGUGCACUUGUUACACCACGUCUGAAAAAGUUUAGACUUGAUAUGAGAACUUUUAGUAACUGUAGACCAGACUCAAAUAUUCCAUUCAUCAACAAGGUAAUCGAGCGUGUUGUUGCACAGCAGCUUAAUAGCGAUCUCACCAGGAAUGGUCUACAUGAUGAUCUGCAGUCAGCUUAUAAGACCGGUACCAGCAUUGAGACAGCCAUCUUGCGAAUAAAAAUAGUAGUAGAAGCAGUACUGGAUGAAGGUGACGCUAUGCUCCUGGUCCUUCUUGACCUAAGUGCGGCAUUUGAUACCAUCGAUCAUACCCUCUUGCUGGAGAUACUACGUGAGGAAGUUGGAUUGACGGACACAGCACUCCGUUGGGUACAGUCUUACCUGAGUGGCCGCAUCCAAGCAGUGAAGAUCAACAGCAGUGUGUCCUCAGAUGUGCCACUAUCCACCGGAGAGUCCCAAGGGUCUGUUUCGGUCCCCUUCUCUUUCUGGUGUACAUUCUCCCACUCAGGAGAGUUAUCAACCAGAAUGACAUAA